GGGCGACCUGAAAGAAAGAAAGCGGAACAAAUAAACAAUUGCUGUCAAGACCGUGGAAGAAAGCUACGCAUGGGGUGCUUUCAGAUUCUUCUUUGUGGAAUGCACACUGAUCACGAACUUAAAUUUGUUAUUAUUUGGAAGAAGCAUUUGGUAAUUGUUUAGCAGUAUUAGUGCAUAAGUAAGCUAUAUUGCCUUUGUGAGUUCACAUGUGACUUGUGGAAAAUCUAUUUUCUAUGAAUGGAUUAUGAUAAUAGCGUGACGUCACACUCCUAAUUACAAGGGGGCAAUAUAAAAACUAUUGUCGAAGUUUCUUCGUGUAACGCGAUAUAUUUUUUUUCUUUUUUAUCAGUUUCUUAAUUUCAUCAAGUGGUGAACUCAAAGUACUUUUCGAUAUUUUGUAAUAAACGUGGAGAAUAGUGCCUUGGGUACGAAACACAUGGUGCGGAAACACUUUCUUCGGAUGUGUAUUUAUUGAACAAGUGACCUAGAUGUGAGUGUCGAUUAUCAGAUUGUUGGUCUUAUGUUCACAUGCAUGCGUUGCCGUGUGAAUGGGAUGCUCUGGGGAGUCAAGUCGAUUUCAAAAUGUCUUUCUUUCAGUUCCAAGGGCCACCAUGUCUUCAGCACACCAAUUAUUUGUUUUACAACGCGUUCAAGUACAGUUGUGAUGGAAAAUUUAGUGUUUUGUCGGUCGGAGAUUUUUUCUUUUUGAAAAUAUUGCAAGAAAUUCCAGUUUGCAUUGGAGAGAUCGAGCUGCUUUGGGAGGACAAGGCGUCAAAUCAGCUACUCUCAAGCCUCAGAUUAUACUUUCGGCCAGAGCAUACUCCUGACGGAAGGCACGAUGAUACAGGCGAGGAUGAAGUUGUGGUCCUGGGCGAGCGCAUCGUGCUGCGCCUGGACGAUCUGGUGCCUCUCAUCCAGGAGGAUUUCAAGUGGACCUAUGGCAAUGCAGCGUUCUGCAAAUCCAAGAGUGGGAGUGGCACAGUAGCUGUGAAGGAGGAGCCCGGAAGCAAAGCUCUGAAAAAUGGUGACGUAGCCCGGGCCAUUAAGCCUGAGGUCACUGACAAUGGCACUGCUGAAAAAGUGCCACUGGGUGCUGCUAAUGUGGCAGUGAUGAGCUACCCAAAGUAUUGCCGCUACCGUGCUGUGAUGCGGCGACUCGAAGGGUGUGAGAAUGAGUGGCUCCAUGUGGCUGUGGUGCUGGCCAUUGGUGGGUACGCGGCCAAGGCUCCCGGCUGCCGGGUCAUGUUCUGCAAGGACUCCUUCUACCAUUCGGACAUUGAUGAUCUGGACAUUCGCAUGGACCAUAUGUUGCCUGUUCUCAAAGCUCGCAACAAAGGCAAAAAGUCCAAAAGCAUUUCUCGGAAAGAUUCCCAGCACGACUCGGACAGCAUGGAAGAAUUGUUUGCCAACAUUACACCCUCCAUAUCCACGUCUUCAAGGCCACGGCGGUCAACUGAUACAGGUGACCUCAACGAGGAUAAGGUCAGCACCGAGGAGCAAGCUUUUCUCUUCGGUCUGCACAAGUUCAUGCACGACGCAAAAAUGCCCAUUGGUCGCAUUCCUUCUCUUGGAUUCAAGCAGAUAGACUUGUACUAUUUUUACAAGCAAGCAGAGAAACUUGGCGGUUAUGAUAUGAUCACAACAAAGCGAAUGUGGAAACAUUUGUAUGACAAACUUGGAGGCAACUCGAGCAACACAAGUGCUGCCACUUGCACAAGGAGGCAUUAUGAAAGGCUCCUUUUACCUUAUGAGAGACAUUUGAGGAAAGGAGGUAAACCAAAGAGGAAACACAAGCACAUAGAGAAACAAAGAGGAGAUCAGUCUGCCGGCAAAGAAAUCAGUGAUUCCUCUAGUCACAAAGAGAAUGUAGAAAAUAAGGAUGAGGUUGAGGUGAAAAAAGAGAAUGUUGAGUCUGCUGAAGUGGACUCAAAGGUGGAUAUCAAAAGGAAAACAUUUAACGAAAAUGUGACUAAUGUGGAUGAGGCAGCACUUCGCAAAGAUAAAUUGCCUUCCGGCUCUGCAGAACAUUCCUCUGAGGUGCACCAGGGUGGUGGGCUAGAACCGCUGGAAGUACCUUCAGUGAAGCAGCGACCUCCAGGGUCCAAGAGCGCACCGUUUGAGGACAAGGCUUCUUUUAAUGACCAUGACAGUCAGAGCCACCUUCCUGGUCCUUCUGAUCAAGCUCGCGAGCGACACGCCGAUAGCCACCACCUGAAACCAUCGUCCAGCAACAGCUUAGCAGCUCCUGCCCCCUCUCCUCUCGCCUCCAUCUCCGCAGAAAGUCCCGUGAUACCUUACACAAACUUAAUGUACCGUGGUGGGUAUCUCCUGCCCGUUCUCCCCCCGCACAUGUUGUCUCCAUGGGGAGUCCUUCCCCCUCAUGGCAGUGCCUCUACGUCGCACCCUGGUGGGGAGGAGUCGCUGAGAAGUCCCUCAGUCAAAGACUCAAUAAGUCCCAUUGCCCACAGCACACCGAUUGGCCGCCCAUCGAAAAUAGAUCAAACUGCUGCAGCGAACAGUACAGGCAGUGCUGCUGCCCGCGGCUUGGAAGUGUCAGGAGGCCCAUCCCUGGCUCCUCGUAGCAGCACGUCUGCCCACAGCAAAGCACCAAUCAAUGCCCACACCCACCAACAGCUUCCGGCAGCCAGCGGCACCCUGAAAGCAGCUCACAGCAACACUCCGUACGAACCAUCACCCUACCUGCUCCAGGACCACAUUCAGCCAGCAAGAGGAGCACCCCCAUCAGCCCUUUCAUCAGCAUCACCUGCCUACCGUGCCCAAUCGUCUCGCUACCCGCACUCCAAUGACCUGUUAGGACACACUAGUCACAGCCUUGCCCCCAUUAUGCACCCAACGCCGCCAGGUCACAAGAGUGAGCUGUGUCUGCCCCCAGCACCAGCCUCCCUCUACCUAGAUCCCAGAUCAAACAACCCCUUCUCCCCUCUGCCCGUGCCCAUCAGCGGCAACCCUUCUGCUGCCCACAACCAGCCCCGCAAGCGGACUUAUCCAUUUGACAAUCUCAACGUGACACCUGCGUCCAGUGUAUUCCCCAGCCCAGACAUGGUGCUGAAUCGAAUCAAGAGCUCUGCAGGUCUUCCCCGUAGCAAUGCUACUGCCACAAAGUCCUUUAGUGUGCGACAACAGUUUGACUGCCCCCGUGACAUAUUUCGACAAACACCCCAAACUUUCGCUGCCAAUCAGAAUUCACAACCUUCUCAAUCCCGGAAACAGAGCCAGCACAUUAUUCCAGAGGAGGCAAGCAACAGCAGAAAUUCAAAUCAAAAGUCAUCAUCGUCAAAGUCUUCAUCUUCAUCACAAGCCAAGAGAAAUUCUCAGUUGUUUUCCCCAUAUGGCUCCAUCUCCUCUGGUCAAAGCAUGGCAGCUCUUGAACUGCAAAAGUCGCUACUCCACCAGCCAUUAGCUCCAGGCAGCAGCAACAGCUCUGCCCUGUCGCCUCACACCAGCAAUAACAAACUGGUAGAUCCCAUGAAACUUGCUGGCAGCAGCAAUAGCCACAACGGGAUGCUUCAGCUCCCCCAGCAGGUGAGCAAAGGCAUGCUCUCAUCUCAGCAAGCUGCAGCGCUUCAGUCCUCGGGAAAAGAUGGCCGUCUGACGUCUGCGUUGUUUGGUGCUCAGUUCACGGCUAUGCCUCGGUCCACAAAGGCAUCGGAUCAGAUACCAGGGUCUGUCUCAAUGGAAGCCUCGUCGGCCGCAGCAGCGGCAGCAGCUGCCUCGAUGGGCCUGAACCCUCACCUCCACCCGGCUUUCAUGAGUCCCUACCUGCCUGCUGCCUCCCCUAACUCUGCCACGGCAGCGGCUGCCCUCAACCCACAGCUUCAGAUGCUGGCGGGAGCGUAUGGGGCAUCGCCCGUGCAGCUGGCAGCGUAUGAGGAGCUGCUGAGGCAGAAUGGCUACGGUGCUUUCCUGCCGGGGGUUGGCCCACCGCCAGCCAAAGCAGCCAAGAAAAACUGAUAUUGGUGAUAAUAUUUCUGAGAGUAGGGAAAGGAGACAGGCUCUUUACGUGGCAACAUUGAUUGUCUUUGUCAUUUUUUUCCCCUCCAAAGUACACAGGACUAUUGGGAAAAGGAACCCCAUGAAUAACAGAUGUGACCAGUGUAUGGGUGACGCCUUAUCGAGUAACGGCGAUGACAGCCUUGAUGGCUGAAUAAAUUGUCAUCGUAAUGAGCAAAGACUUUCCUUCACAAUGAGAAAGGACUUGAGCUAGUGAGCGGUCUGGCCACUUUUCAGAAAGAAUCGAGUUGAGAGUGAUGUUAGUGUGAUGUCUAUUGCAUUGAAAUUUUGAGGUAUAAAGUUCUUCGAGUUACCUUUUAAUCUCGGGGGCAGCCCUCGCAAGGUGGUGGCAGCAAAUGUGUGAAUAGAGGUCUGGGUUGCUUGCUGUGAAUUGCUUCCUUUUGCAACAACAAAGUUUGUACAAUGAAUACUAUUCAACCAAUUGUGUAUACUUUGAAUUGUGAUUUGGACUUUCAAAGAAUGUUGAGAUUUCUGUCCUGUGUUUUUAGCUGUUGUCUCUUCAAAGGCUUCCAGGGCUGCUCGUUUGGAUACAUUACCUGCAAAUCAGUACGAGUCUUAUCUGCAGUUCAGUCGAGCAGGAUAAAUAGUUGCGCCAGAUGAACUUCUUUCUAAUCAUAAGUUCAUAAAAAUCAUAGAUACGGGGUGCAUAAAGGUAGAAUCUAAUUGGAAAAAAUAAUAAUAAAUUUGGGGAAAGGAAAAAGUGUUUAAAGCAGCAUGUGGACAUGGGUGGGUAGUGCCUCUAUUAAUGAAUUAUUGAUGGUCCGGUCUAGUCUGUAUCUAGUGUCAAAGUUGCGAGCGCCGUAAAACCUCUACUACAACUAACUAAAAGAUUUCUAGUCUUGUCAUGCUUUUCUUUUUCCUGUUUUCGUGUCUUCACAUUUUUUGUCUUAUUUGUUCCUGGUAGGAAGUUUUUGGCCUAAAAGUACAGAGGUUUGUUAGGUAAUUAUUUAACAAUUUUCAAGGAGCAUCAAGUUUUUAUAUCACUGUCCUUAGACAAGCGCGAUGGAGUUAAAUUUUACGCUUGAACUAAAAAAAACUUAUUUGAUUUUAUCAUACAACAAGCUGGUUGCUAGCGAGUUGUUUGGCCUUGUUUAAAAUGUUUUAGGAGCAUUUCUAGUCAAAAUUCAGACACCCCCCUCCGUCUUUGACUGAGCUUGUGAAAUGAGUGAUUUACUAUAUAUUCAUCAAAAUUUUUUAAAAAUUGAUAUUUUAUGAGGGGCAACAAUAUGGUAUUGUUGUGAUUAAAAUGAAAUGAAAACUUGAGUUUGAUGUGUAAGGAAUAUUUGGGAAGCUUUGAAGUACAGGGGAAAAAAGACCUAUCGAUGCAUCUAACUUUGUUCAUUUGCAAAAAUUGUGUUAAAAAUGUCAGUGAUGAUGUAGGUUUAUUUUAAGAGUCAAAAAGAUAUCAAGAUAUCGUAAUUAUGGUCAAGGUUUGCCCUGAUUUGUUGUUUUUUCUUUGCAAUUGUUUAAAGCAAGUUUUAUAUCACUGGCAAAAAAUUCAUAUGGAAGGUUAAGUGUAAAGGAAAAGUGCCGUAAAUUUAGUAAAAGUAACGUCUUACUAAAACUAUUUUAAAAACUCCUUUCUCUCUUUCAGCUUGUCUCUGUGGUUUAGUUCAAGGAUGUCUUUAAAAUCUUGUUCUUUAUAUUGUCACUGCUUGUUGCUGGGAAAUUGUGAGCUCCAAGCCUGCAAGCAUCUUUUGAUAGUUUAAACAGCAAACAUAGUUCAUGAUAAUGAAAGAGUCAUGUUCACAGAACCCAUGUAUCAGGAUGCUGCUAUAUACAGUAUACUUAUAUAUAUAUAUAUAUCUUUUGUAUUUGAAGCCUGGUCUUUGCAAUACUAAAUAGAAGAG